AUGUCGUGCCGUUCCUUCCCCUCCACCCCGCGUUGCGGGAGCCGUAGCUUCAGCUCCUGCUCUGCCGUGCUCCCCAGGCCGGGGUCGCGCUACGUCCUGUCCAGGGGUCCCUGUCGGGCCGGGGGCUACCGGGCCCUGGGCUGCUUCGCCAGCAGGAGCCUGUGCAACGUGGGCACCGGGAAGCCGAGGGUCGCGGCCGUGAGCUGCUUGCCCUCUCGGGGCGGGUUCGGCUACCGGGCCGGCGGGGCCUGCGGAACGGGCCCGUGCAUUGCCCCGGUGACCAUCAACGAGAGCCUGCUGAUCCCUCUGGAGCUGGAGAUCGACCCCAACGUCCAGCGGGUGAAGAAGGACGAGAAGGAGCAGAUCAAGUGCCUCAACAACAAGUUCGCCUCCUUCAUCGACAAGGUGCGCUUCUUGGAGCAGCAGAACAAGUUACUGGAGACCAAGUGGAGCUUCCUGCAAGAACAGAAGUGUUGCCAGAACAACUUAGAGCCUCUGUUUGAGGCCUACAUCAGCACACUGCGCCGGCAGCUGGAGUGCGUAGUGGGCGACCACGGGAGGCUGGAGGCAGAGUUGAGUGGCAUGCAGGAAGUCCUGGAGAGCUACAAGAGGAAGUACGAGGAAGAACUCUCUCUGCGUCCCUGUGCUGAGAAUGAAUUUGUUGCCCUGAAGAAGGAUGUGGAUUGUGCCUUCCUGGUCAAAGCCGACCUCGAGACCAAUGUGGAAGCCCUGAUCCAGGAGAUUGAUUUCCUGCGGACGCUGUUUGAGGAGGAGAUCUGCCUGCUGCAGUCCCAGAUCUCUGAGACCUCAGUCAUCGUCAAGAUGGACAACAGCCGUGACCUGGACUUGGACGGCGUAAUCGCUGAGGUCAAGGCCCAAUACGAUGACAUCGCCAGCCGCAGCAAGGCCGAGGCCGAGUCCUGGUACCAGUGUCGGUUUGAGGAGCUGAGAGUCUCCGCCGGGAAGCACUGUGACACCCUGCGCAGCAGCAAGAAUGAGAUCCUGGAGAUGAACCGCCUGAUCCAGCGGCUGCAGCAGGAGAUCGACAGCACCAAAGGGCAGCGCUGCAAGCUGGAGGCGGCCGUGGCACAGGCCGAACAGCAGGGUGAGGCGGCUCUCAACGAUGCCAAGUGUAAGCUGGCCGGGCUGGAGGAAGCCCUGCAGAAGGCCAAGCAGGACAUGGCCUGCCUGCUCAAGGAGUACCAGGAGGUCAUGAACUCCAAGCUGGGCCUGGACAUCGAGAUCGCUACCUACAGGCGGCUGCUGGAGGGAGAGGAGAGCAGGUGA